GGAGACCCAAUACCAACUGCCCAUAUCAAGUAUCCCUGUAUUGUCAAGGCAAGCAAAGGAGAGGAUUCUAAAGCAGUGCGACUGGUAAGGGACCGGCAGUCUUUAGAUGCAGCAAUUGAGCAUGCGCUGACUUUCUCGAACCAAGUAAUUAUUGAAAGGUAGGUUCUUGUCUUAUCUGUUUUUCGCGUUUUAAAAACUAUUCCCAAUUCCAAACAUUUAAGCUUUUAAUUAAGAAGAGAAUAUUUGGGGUGACAGUCAGUAGCUGAUCCUUAUCACUGCCAAAGUUUCGGCAUUUAGCACUAAAAUGUUUCUUCCCCGCAAAGAAUUCACUGUCAGAAAAGUGGCCCAAAUGAUUAACUGAAAAGGGAAACUCCAUUUCAAAGGAAGAGUGCGGAAAGCAUCGUACGCACGUAAACGUCAUCCCUCAAUGUUCUUAAAUCCCGGCUGAGUAGCAGUCAGCUACCCCUUUAAAGAGUUUGGACAAAGCUUACCUCGUUGACAGGUACGGUAAGAAAAGGAGGCACAAAUCGAAAAUAAAUAAAUAAAGCGACAUGGAUACAAACAUUUUGGCUAAACAGCUAUCUCCAGAAAGGCUGUCGGAAAAAAUUUGCACGCAGCAAUCCCGAAAGUUACAGUUCUCGACAAUAGGGCCAUUUAUACGAGGAAAAAUAAGACGCGUCUUACACAAGACGUCUUAAAUAAGACGCGAACUGUACCAUUUAUACGAGCACGUCUUAUCUAAUAAGACGCGUCUUAGCUAAGCCGCGUCUUAUUUUAGACGAAAUGUGCCGUUUAUACCGUUUAUAUGGAAAGUUCGCGUCUUAUGUAAGACGCGUCUUAUUUUUCCUCGUAUAAAUGGCCCUAAUGUAGCUGUCGAACCUACUUUUGUUGCUUUCCUUUAGCACUCGCAAACAUACAUCCAUAGGCUCUAGAACCAUAUUCUUUGAAAUUCCUUUGGAGACAGUGAACUCAAAAUCACCUACCUACAAUACCUUUCGGGAUUCUCGCGAGCACUUUUUUUCCGACAACCUUUCUCCAAAUAGCUGUAGAUGCACUGUGCAUCUUUGCACUGAGGCAUGUUUGUGCCGUUUUUGUACAGAUUCAUAGAGGGACGAGAGAUUCGGUGCGCUGUAGUCAAAUCAGAAAAAACUGGAGAUAUACAGGCCUUGUCGUGUAUAGAAUUCAACGUACGUAAGGAUGGCAUUCGUACAACCCAGGAUAAGUUACUCUGCGAUGAAAAAGGAUUACCUAUUUGUGAGUAUCACAUUUCUCUUCAUUCGUAUAAACAAAUUCAAAAUAAAUCAUAAAUCUUGGCUUGAUCCAUUAAAUUCAUAUCAACACUUGUUAAUUCAUUAAUUGCCCAACACUAAGUUAUGAUCAGUGAAAAGAAUAUGUACCAUCAGUCACAUGUACACCUCGGUAAACCCCCAAACAAAUCAAUACAGUCAACUCUCUCUAAGACGGACACCUUUGGGACCGGCACUAAGUGUCUGUCUUAGAGAGAUGUCCGUCUUAUAAAGAGUCAAAUAAAGGGAAUAAACAAAGGAAGGGACCAACUCUAGGUGUCCGUUUUACAGAGGUGUCCGUCUUAUAGAGCUGUCCGUUAAGAGAGAGUCGACUGUAAGCCAUCUGCACGAUGGCGUCAUUUUAUUUACUACUACGACCAUAAUCCUUUUCGUUUUCCUUUAAUAUUUAAAUUUUGUAAUCCCAGUGAGGUUUGAAUAACAAAAGCCCUAAUUAGCACAAGAAAGCAAAACCCUGAAGGGUUCUGGUCGUAGUAGUAAAAUCAUGUCAUCGUGCGAAAUGGCCUAUUGGUUAAAGGAAUUAGUAAGAUAAACUUAGAUAUAUUUCUAGCAAUCGCUUUUCUCUCAGCGGAGAGAUCUAGGCGACAGACAGAAACAGGUCUGUGUUCUCCGUCGGGCCAGUCAUUGGUAUCAAAUAAUAGUAAACUAUCGAGAUGAUUUUACAUUGAGAGUUGUUACUUUUUUUUAUCUAUCUUUACAUAGGCAAGGCACCAAAAAGUAAGACUUGGUUUCUUGAUCCCGCAAAGGAAGCUGAGUUGAUAACCCGCAUCCAGUCACAAAGUCGUCGAGCUUUUCUAGAGUUAGACCUGCAAGACUUUGGCCUUUUCGACUUCCGGGUAGACCUUGAAGGAAAUCCAUUUUUUCUGGAAUGUAACCUGUUCUGUUCGUUUGGUUUUCAGAGUUUUCUUAAUGUAGUUGCCAGGAAUUCUGGUUUUACCGAUGAAAGUUUGUUUGAUUUAAUGGUUCAGAACGCUUUGUUACGGAAAGAGAAGAUUUACUGA